ACGGUCGUCACGCUCCACCGCACGGCUUCUGUUCAACAGCGGAUCCUCGGUCGUUCUCUUAUUUCCGCCAAACCUGGCUCUUUCGUGGCCGCCUCGUUCUUUUCGAGUCUAUCUAGGGUUCGUCUCUUUCGGCAGAUCAAUAUCUAAGCUGAUAGUUUGUCAUCAGAUCAAUCAUUGAAGAUGAGCAGCACCUUGGAUGUGACAAGAGCAGAGCUUGCUCUGUUGGUUUUGUAUUUGAAUAAAGCUGAAGCGAGAGAUAAGAUUUGUAGAGCGAUCCAGUAUGGCUCUAAAUUCUUGAGCAACGGAGAGCCUGGUACUGCGCAAAAUGUUGAUAAAACAACUAGCUUGGCGCGUAAAGUGUUUCGAUUAUUUAAGUUUGUUAAUGAUCUUCAUGCUCUUAUAAGUCCACCGGCCCCUGGAUCUCCCCUCCCUGUCAUUUUACUAGGAAAGUCCAAAAAUGCUCUGUUGUCAACAUUUUUGUUCCUGGAUCAAAUCGUAUGGGCUAACAGAACAGGGAUAUACAAGAACAAAGAACGUGCAGAGCGACUCGGUAGAAUUGCUCUCUACUGUUGGAUGGGAUCCUCAGCGUGUUCUACCUUGAUUGAGAUUGGAGAAGUCGGAAGGAUAUCUGCAUCAUUGAAGAAGUUGGAGAAGGACCUGAAGAAAACUGAUAAAUAUAAAGACGAGCAUUACUGCAAUAAGCUUAAUCAGUUAAACCAGAGGAGGCUAGCUUUGAUAAAGGCCUCCAUGGAUAUUGUGGUUGCUAUUGGACUUCUUCAACUCGCUCCCAAGAAGGUCACUCCUCGAGUCACUGGAGCCUUUGGAGUCAUAACCUCACUGAUUUCUUGCUAUCAGUUGCUUCCCGCUCGAUUGAAGGAUAAGAAAGCAUGAAGAUAGCAACACUGGGCGACAAAAUAAUAGCCUUGGAUGUUUAGGGAUGUGAUGGUGUAACUUUAAAUACUUGAUCUGGGUGUGAGUGAUUCUAGAUUAUUGCAAUAACAUAUGUCUGAAGUACAAUGACUCAGGUGCACAAGCGAUCUUGUUAGGAUUGAUGUCUAAGACAUUAUAAUAAAGUUCUUGCUUUUAUGUUGUUUA